AUGUCUUAUUCUGCCAGCGACUCGACUCUCUUCCUCAUCGUUGCUAGCAUUGUCACUUUUCUCUACGUUGCCACCCACAAAAUGUUCGGCCACGACCCUCGUGAGCCGCCGCUGGCUCCGCAAUCAAUUCCAAUUGUCGGCCACAUGGUUGGACUUGCGCGGAGCAGUUUCAACUAUUAUGUCGACCUCAGCCAUCAAACUGGUCUGCCCAUCUUCACCAUGACCCUCCCGGGCCAGAAGAUGUACGUGGUGACGAAGCCGGGACUCAUCCAGGCGGUACAAAAACAGCAUAAGACGCUUGCAUUUCCACCUAUUGAGGCCAAGUUCGCAUCCAAGGUCUGUGGAGCCAGUCUUGAGGCGCAGGCGAUCCUGGACAAGAACAUCAAUGGCGAUGAGGGCGAUUUCGGUCUUUCAAUGGAAUCUUACGCCGGCAUGCGAGCUGCGCUCAAGCCCGGUUCGGGGCUCGACGACAUGAAUCGCAAUAUGAUCCAUGAAAUUGCAAAAUCCCUCGAUAUUUUGCAACCUGUCAAGGGAGAGUCUCGUACAGUCAGCUUGAAUACCUGGUUGAGGGAUGCCAUCACGACGGCUACUACCAGGUCCGUCUACGGCCCGAUGAACCCGUAUGACGAUAAGGCGAUUGCAGAUGCUUUCUGGGAAUUCGAAAGCGGUCUCAUGUCAAUCUUAGUUGGUUUUCUUCCUUCCAUUACCGCUCGAAAGCCCAUUGCGGCUCGAGAGAAGGUUUCCAAGGCAUUUGAAGCAUACUACAAAGCCGGCGGAGUAAAGAAAGCUUCGGUUCUCGCUCAAACCCGAUAUCAAGUAGAGAUUGAUAACAAUGUUCCGCUAGAAGACAUCGCUCGCUACGAGGUUGGAGGCUCGAUUGCUAUUCUAGUGAACACGGCGCCUGCAGCGUUCUGGACUCUUCUAUUACUCCAUGCUCAUCCAGGUCUUCUAGACGACAUUCGGAAAGAGGUUGACGCCUUCACUGAAACAACGACUGAGAACGGCACCACAGUCAAAACCAUUGAUAUCACUACCCUUAAGGCGAACUGCCCCUUACUACUGUCUUCCUACCAGGAAGUUCUCCGCCAUCGUUCUAUGGGAACCUCAGUACGCGAGGUGAGGGAGGAUACCUACCUCGAUCAAUGGCUGCUGAAGAAAGGUGCUAUGUUGCAGAUGCCUAGCCGUGUCAUCCAUCAGGAUGCUAGUAUAUGGGGCUCCAGCGUCACCGACUUCAACCCACGCAGGUUCCUGCCAGAAGAGGCCCAGAAUCGUCCGCGUGAUGUCUGCUUCCGCGCAUUUGGUGGUGGGAAGACCCUCUGUCCAGGCCGGCACUUUGCGACGAACGAGGUUCUCGCCGUAGUCGCCGUUUUUAUUGCAAGACUAGACAUGAAACCUGUCGAGCGUGAAUGGACGCUUCCAACUACUGCAAAUACCAAUGUUGCUGCUGUCAUCAUGGAGCCCGAUAAUGAUAUUGACGUUGAAAUUAAGACGCGAAAAGGUUUCGAGGAUGUUAAAUGGGUUAUCAACCUUGAUAAGUCGGACAAGAUUUUUGCGAUGGUGACUGAAGAUAGCACCGAGGCGACGUAG